UGCAAGCCCCAGUCGUAGUCGCACGCUGGUCACGCUCAGUCUAGCAGUAGCAUCUGCUGCGCAUUAUGGUUGUUGCUGUGUACACUUAGUGGCAGCGCCGGUCACAGCAAUACUUAAUUCCUGAAAUAAAAUAUCCACUAUAAUUUCAUAUUCGUAAGAUGUUACGUGGUUUCGUGUUGAAAGUGAAUUCGUUUUGUGGCAUUAUUAGCGUGCGAUUGCAUUUCUAGGCUGACGUAUAUGCGAUAGUUGAUUUGUGCUGUUUUUCACCCACCAUAAAAAUGCAAUGUUUACAUUCGUUAUGAAAUUAAUAAUUGAUAAAUAAUUACUGAAAAAAUUGGGCCAUGGCUAUAUAAGGAUUUUGAAUUUAAUUCUAUUAUUGUUGUCAAAAUUCCCUUUUAAGUAUUUUCAAGACAUUAACACGAAUUUGUUUACAUUUUCAAUACUCGUUUAUUUUAUGUUAUUUCGGUGUGUACAAUCAGUACAAUGAAUGAUAGUGAUUCUGACCCAGGAAUAGAUUUGACAGGGUUUCUUUUUGGAAAUGUUGAUGAGUCAGGGCAAUUGGAGAAUGAUGUUUUGGACAGUGAAUCAAAAAGGCAUUUAGCUUCUCUGGGAAGACUAGGUUUAAAUUCAUUUUGGGAUGAAUUUAUACCCAGGAAAGAAGUGAAGAAGUUCAAAAGUGAUAGUGAUUCCGAUGAUGAAGGUGUGUUGCAAGAAAAAGACACAGGAGAUGUUCAAAACCAGACGGAUUAUGGAGCUGACAAGGAUGGAAAUUAUGAUGUCAAAUCCCCAUCAGCUGUUGAUUAUUCAGAUAUUGCUGAGUUGGCUGAAGAUGAAGCAGGAGAGGGUAAACCAAGUUAUGAGCCAUCAAAUCAAUCUGCAACUGUAAAGACAGAAGAUGGCACUGACUAUGAUGCUGAUGAUGAAGGAACCUCCUUGAAGUCUGACACACAGUUGAUGCCCCCACCUCCUCUUCCAAGUGAUAAAGAUGAUCUUGAUGCCUCUGCAGAUGCAAGAAAUAAAAGAUUGGAGACUCCGCUUGCUGCAAUGCUUCCAUCAAAAUAUGCUGAUGUGAAUGUGACAGAAAUAUUUCCAGAUUUUCGUGUUGAUAAGGUGCUCAGGUUUUCACGGCUCUUUGGACCAGGCAAGCCAAGCAGUUUGCCUCAAAUAUGGAGAAGUGUGAGGAAACGACGCAGACGUCGUAAACAUCAGCAACCCGAUCAUUCUGAUUCAGGGUCAGAUCAGGAUGUUCAACGAGAAAGAAAAGUUGGUUGGAACUUGAAUGUUGCCCCUCCUCCAAGUCCGGACAAGUGUCAGUCUGACGAUGAAAAAAAGCUGCUGCAACCAGUUGAAGAUAAAGCUCAAGGAACAAAAACUGAGCAAACUGAGAAUAAUGAUAUGGGUCCCAAAGUUGCAGACUGGCGUUUUGGACCCGCUCAAGUUUGGUAUGAUAUGUUAGAAGUACCUGAGACUGGUGAAGGUUUUAAUUAUGGCUUCAAAGUCAAAGACGAGCUUACAGAGGAAAAUGUGGCUCAUGAUUUUUCAGAGGAUACAUACCUAAUGGUUUCACAGUUGCAUUGGGAAGAUGAAGUUGUCUGGAAUGGGGAUGACAUUAAACACAGGGUAAUGCAAAAGUUGAAUUGCAAAACUAAUGCAGCUGGAUGGGUUCCAAGCAGUGAUAAUCGAACAGCCCAAGCUUUUAGUCAGCCUGGAAAGGGUGUGCCUCACAUUGUUGGGGGCACCGUUCGCCUAGCCAGUAAUCAAAUUUCAAAUACAAAUGCGCAAACAAAUAAACAAGCAAAAACACAGAUGUUGUUAAAUAAGCAUCAGCAAAGAACUGAAGAAAACACAGACGAUACAUGGUAUUCUAUAUUUCCUGUGGAGAACGAAGAAUUAGUGUAUGGUGCUUGGGAAGAUGAAGUCAUCUGGGACUCAGAGAAUAUGUCCCAAAUCCCUAAACCAAAGAUUUUAACUCUUGAUCCCAAUGACGAAAACAUUAUUUUGGGAAUUCCUGAUGAUGUUGAUCCAGCUAAGCAACGCCUUGAUUCUGUUACGCCAGCUAAAGUUAAAAUACCACACCCUCAUGUCAAGAAAUCAAAAAUUCUUCUUGGAAAAGCUGGAGUUAUCAAUGUCAUGGAAGAAGACACACCCCCUCCACCACCUAAAUCACCUGACAGAGAUCCAUUCAAUGUUUCUAAUGACAGGUAUUACAUGCCACGUUCUUCUGAAUCAUCUUUGAGAUUGAAAGUAGGUGGAGGUAACCUCAUUCAACAUUCUACUCCAGUGGUGGAAUUACGGGCACCUUUUGUUCAAACUCACAUGGGCCCAAUGCGACUUCGCAACUUCCAUCGGCCUCCUCUGAGACGAUUUUCUCAUGGAACCUUAGCACAGCCUGGCCAUCAUUAUGUUCUUCCGCUGUUGAAGCACAUUCGCAAGAAGGCCAAGCAAAGAGAGCAAGAGAGAGCUGCUUCAGGUGGUGGAGAUGUGUUUUUUAUGAGAACUGCUGAAGACCUUACCGGCCGUGAUGGUGAUUUGGUACUUGUGGAGUUUUGUGAGGAACAUCCACCAUUAAUGAACCAAGUUGGCAUGUGUUCCAAAAUUAAAAAUUAUUACAAGAGGAAGGCAGGAAAAGACCAAGGCCCACAAGAAUAUCGCUAUGGAGAAGUAGCGUAUGCCCACACAUCUCCAUUUUUAGGGACACUACCACCUGGGCAGUCGUUGCAAGCUGUUGAAAACAACAUGUACAGAGCCCCCAUUUAUGAACACAAAAUUCCUGAGACAGAUUUUCUUAUAAUUAGAACAAGGCAACAGUAUUUUAUCAGGGAAAUUGAUGCCUUAUUUGUGGCUGGACAAGAAUGUCCCCUGUAUGAAGUGCCUGGUAUUCAUUUAUCGCUUAUUUUGGAAAAGUCGGGAUGUACCAAGGAGAAUUAAAAUGGAUGACAUUAAGAAAGCAUUUCCUUCUCAUUCAGAAAGCAGUAUAAGAAAACGACUAAAAUUGUGUGCUGAUUUUAAGAGGACUGGAAUGGAUUCAAAUUGGUGGGUAAUUAAACCAGAUUUUCGUUUACCUACUGAAGAGGAAAUUCGAGCCAUGGUAUCACCUGAACAAUGUUGUGCAUAUUUUAGUAUGAUUGCUGCAGAGCAAAGAUUAAAGGAUGCCGGUUAUGGAGAAAAAUUUUUGUUUGCUCCUCAAGAAGAUGAUGAUGAGGAAAUGCAACUCAAAAUGGACGAUGAAGUAAAAGUAGCUCCUUGGAAUACUACUCGAGCUUACAUACAAGCUAUUAAGGGUAAAUGUCUGCUACAACUAACUGGUCCUGCAGAUCCAACAGGAUGUGGUGAAGGAUUCUCCUAUGUUCGAGUACCCAAUAAGCCAACACAAAGCAAAGAAGAACAAGAAGCACAACCAAAGAGAACUGUUACAGGAACUGAUGCAGAUUUACGUAGAUUAUCACUCAACAAUGCUAAAGCUCUUUUGAGGAAAUUUGGUGUCCCUGAAGAAGAGAUAAAAAAAUUAUCUCGUUGGGAAGUUAUUGAUGUUGUUCGCACCCUGUCAACGGAGAAAGCCAAAGCAGGAGAAGAAGGAAUGACAAAAUUUUCACGUGGCAACCGAUUUUCUAUUGCAGAACAUCAGGAAAGGUAUAAAGAAGAAUGCCAGAGGAUAUUUGAUUUACAGAAUCGUGUAUUGUCAUCAAAUGAAGUUCUUUCUACGGAUGAGGCUGAGAGUUCUGAUGAUGAUAGCUCAGAUAUUGAAGAAAUGGGGAAAAAUAUUGAAAAUAUGCUUUCAAAUAAGAAAACAAGUACUCAGUUAUCAAUGGAAAAAGAAGAACAGGAACGCCAAGAGUUAAGAAAAAUGUUAAUGGGUGAAAGUGCUGAGCAAGAUCAACGUAAAAACAAAGAUAAGAAAAAAGAUGAGGAGGAUAAUCAGUCUUACACUGGCUAUGGUGCUCAACCAGGGAAAGUUUUGAAAAUCUAUCGAACAUUUAGAAAUGCCGAAGGUAAAGAAUACACAAGAGUGGAGAUAGUACGAAAGCCUGCAGUUAUUGAAGCUUAUAUGAAAAUUCGAACCACCAAGGAUGAAACAUUUAUUCGACAAUUUGCUACUCUUGAUGAACAUCAGAAAGAAGAAAUGAAACGCGAGAAACGCCGCAUACAAGAACAACUUCGAAGGAUCAAAAGAAAUCAAGAAAGAGAAAGAAUGAUGGGAGUGAGAACAAGCAUGCUUCCAAGUCAUGGAAUGGAUGCGAAUAGUAACCCUGCUUCGAACAGCAGCAUUUCUGGAUCUGUGACGACAACUCCACAAAAUACUACCCCUCCACCGCCCCAGAUGACCCAAAUGCCACAGAUAUCUACACCCAAACGAAAAAAACCUAAGCUGAAGCCAGAUCUGAAACUGAAGUGUGGUGCUUGUGGCAAUGUCGGCCAUAUGAGAACAAAUAAAGCAUGUCCAUUGUACCAACCUUCAGCUCCUGCACCACCAGUUAAUGUAGCAAUGACAGAAGAACAAGAAGAGGAAAUAGAAAAACAAUUGAAUGCAGAUGAUGAAGAUUUAGUCAACGUGGAUGGGACAAAAGUAAAACUUUCAGGAAAACUUCUCAAGCAUGCUGAAGAAAUGAAACGGCGCACAUUACUACUUAAAGUACCCAAGGAAGCAGUACAUGCUCGAAAGCGGCGGCGUGCAGUUAAUGAGAUGCACUGUGACUAUUUGAAAAGGCAACAGCGUCCAGCCAAUAGGCGGCGUACAGAUCCUGUUGUUGUCCUCUCUACGAUUUUAGAAAGUAUCCUCAAUGAAAUGAGAGAUAUGCCUGAUGUGCAACCAUUUCUUUUCCCUGUCAAUGCAAAGGUUGUUCCUGAUUAUUAUAAAAUUGUUACUAGACCAAUGGAUUUGCAAACUAUCCGUGAAAAUUUACGACAAAAGAAAUACCAAAGUAGGGAGGAGUUUUUGGCUGAUGUUAACCAAAUUGUCGAGAAUUCAACUCUUUACAAUGGUGCCAAGAGUUCUCUCACUGUUGCUGCAAAACGCAUGUUGAGUCUGUGUGUGGAACGCCUUGGUGAAAAAGAGGAACGACUAAUGCGCCUGGAAAAAGCAAUUAAUCCUUUACUAGAUGAUGAUGAUCAAGUUGCUCUCACUUUCAUUUUGGACAAUGUAGUUAACAAUAAAUUGAAAGGAAUGUCAGAAUCAUGGCCUUUCCUCAAACCAGUCAAUAAGAAAAAUGUAAAAGAUUACUACAACAUUGUUAAAGAGCCAAUGGACUUGGAAACAGUGGCUAAGAAAGUUGCUGCUCACAAGUACCAUAAUCGAGAUGAAUUCUUAGCAGACAUUGAACGAAUUCUGCAAAAUUGCAUUUUGUAUAAUGGAAAAGAUUCAACCUACACUCACAAAGCAGAAGCGUUAGUGAGGGUGUGUCGUGCAACAUUAGAGGAAUAUAGAGACCAGUUAACACAGUUGGAGAAAAAUAUCAGUUUAGUUCAGGAACGUGCCCUUGAACAAGCUGAAGUGGACUCUCUUGGGACAUGGGGCGGAGGUGAAGAGGAGAAUUACACAAUUGCAGAGCCGGACCUUAGAGAGUUCGUUGAUGUGGAAGGUGAUAUGGAGUCUGCAGGCAUGCGGAAGAUAAAGAAGGAUGUUCUCGAAGAAGAUUUGCAGUUCUCAAGUGAAGAAGAAAUUGAAGAUAUGCCUCUGUCUGAUGGAGAACCAAUGCCUGAUGAUGAUAGCCAACAAGCAGCAGAGGCUAUGGUGCAACUUGGGAAUAUGAGCUACUUACCUCAAACUUCAGAAGUACCUCAGGAACAUGGACAAGAACAUGAAGAAAGCAUGGAUGUAGAUCCCAAUUAUGACCCUUCUGACUUCCUUAUUCAUGACCUGCCACAACAAAGGGCAGAAAAUCUUGUACAAAUCAAAACUGAAAAGAUUACAGAUGAUUUGGAAGUAAGUGAAUCAGAGGAUGAGAAUGUGAAUACUGGUGGAGCUCCUCCAAGUUCUGUUCCUCCUCUUGAACCAAAGACUGAAGUGGAAGAUGAUGACGUUACAGGUGAUCUCUGGUUCUAGGCAUGCAAGAUAAGUAAAUUUAUGAAGUUCCUGAAGAUAUGCAAGAUUCGAAUCGAUGCUUACAAUGGUAAUAAUUAUGUUCAAUUGUGUGUUAUUAUUUAUCAGUGUAUUAUAGGAAUAAAAAUUACUGUAAAUAUGAAUAUAUUUAUAUAAAAAUUAAAGUGAUUUUAUUUAUGACAUUUUUUAUAUAAUAUAUAUAAAAAAUAUUGUCAUUGACAUGAUACAAUAAAAAGAACAUUGAAUUGGUACAAGUUUCUUUUUGACUGGAACUAUCCCAAUAAACUACUAGUGGUUCAACAAC